AUGUCGGACCACCAAGAAACCCACGCUGCUGCUGCCACCGCGCCCGCCGCUGUGCCGCAGGACCAGCAUCAUCACCAGCAUCCUCAACAAAUAGCAACAGCAACGUCUCCUGUGACUGCUGCUCAAACAGCAUCGCUGCCCACGGCUCCAGUGACUACUUCGCCGUCGGCCUCGGUCGCGGCGACGGCCGCCGCGGCCACCGCCGCUGUGAAUCAGAACCACGCCGCGGCUGCUCGUCCGGGCGAGGAACUCGCGUGUUUAUGGCAGGGGUGCUCUGAGAAAUGUCCCUCGCCUGAGACUCUUUAUGAACACGUUUGUGAGCGCCAUGUCGGCCGCAAGAGUACCAACAACCUUAACUUGACUUGCCAAUGGGGCAGCUGUCGCACUACGACUGUCAAGCGCGACCAUAUCACCUCACAUAUUCGAGUCCAUGUUCCGCUCAAACCGCACAAGUGCGACUUCUGCGGCAAGGCUUUCAAGCGUCCCCAGGAUUUGAAGAAGCAUGUCAAGACCCAUGCUGAUGACUCGGUCUUGGUGCGCUCUCCUGAGCCUAGCGCCAGGAACCCUGAUAUGAUGUUCCCUGGACACACUAAAGGAUAUGCUACCGGUGCUCAUUACUUCGAGCCUGCAUUGAACACCAUCCCCGCCCAGGGCUAUGCUCACGGGCCUCCGCAGUACUACCACUCGCACCCAGCACAACCCCCGAACCCAUCGUACGGCAAUGUUUACUACACCCUCAAUCAGGGCCAGGACCCUGGACAUGUCUCUUACGAGUCGAAGAAGCGCGGGUAUGAUGCGCUCAAUGAAUUCUUUGGUGACCUGAAGCGCCGCCAAUUUGACACCAACUCGUACGCUGCGAUCGGCCAGCGCCUUCUGAGCUUGCAAAACCUGCAGCUUCCCAUCCUGAGCGGUGGACCUGUCCCUGAAUACCAGCCCAUGCCUGCCCCAGUGGCCGUAACUGCCGGCGGUGGCGGUGGUGGUCCUGGUUAUGGCGGCCCGCAGCCGAUUCAAUACCAGCUGCCUCCUAUGGCCAACGUGCGGACCAAGAACGAUCUGCUUAACAUCGAUCAGUUCUUGGAGCAGAUGCAAAACACCAUCUACGAAAGCGAAGAUCACGUCGCUGCCGCGGGUGUCGCGCAACCGGGUGCUCACUACGUCCAAGGUGGCAUGAGCUACCGGGCUACCAACUCACCACCUAGCCAGCUGCCGUCAAGCCAUGCCACGGCGGCGGCGACCACCGCUGCUCCAAUGCUGAACACUACUGCAACAGCACACUCGCCUCCCACAGGCACUCCUGCUCUGACCCCACCAUCAAGUGCGCAAUCAUACACAUCGGGUCGUUCCCCUAUCUCAGUCCAUGACAGUAGCAGCUCGAGUAUGUACCCGCGACUCCCAUCAGCGACCGUGCCAGACAGCAUUGGAGGUGGAUACGUGACUGCAUCGAGCGCUGCACCGCCAUCAACGCUGAGCGGAGUAUUUGACCACGAUGACCGUCGUCGCUACACCGGAGGCACUCUGCAGCGGGCGCGACCGGAUGACAGGAUGUCGGUCUCGCUGGAUUCCGAAAAGGGCGAUUCCGAUGGAGACCGCACCCCACCUGCCAAGCAGCCGUCUGCGGGUCCUACCUCUACGGGACAGGAAAUCUCAGCUAGUCUGAUUGACCCCGCCCUGCACUCGAGCGGCAGCCCUUCGUCAUCGCCCUCAUCGGCGGACGCAGACACAGACGCUACAUUGCGGACAGCCCAGGCUGCUACAGAGGUGGCAGAACGGGCGGAUUCGCAGUGGGUAAGCCUGGUGCGGGCGCUGGAAGGUCUACGGGGUUGGAUUAACUACCGGAUUGAUCAUCGAGAGUACGAUGAAGAAGAGCAGGCUCAACGACAGGCAGAACAAGAGCAGGUGGAGCAAGAAAUGCAGACUCCAGAACCACCAGUAGAGUACCAGCAUACCCCAGACCAACCGGAAGCGCCAUCAGAGGAUGUCGCGAUGGGUGGAAUGGAGACGGGGACGGAGAAAGCGGUCAAGGCUGAAGGGCCGGGUGAGACAAGUGAAGAUACGGUCAUGUAUCCGACUCUACGGGGGUUGGACGAGGAUGGCGAUUCCAAGAUGUAG